CGGCCCGGGUAGGGUGGCGGCGGGCCCAGCCGGGCUGCCGCUACCCUCUGCCAGGGGCGCUGGGUCGGGGUGGCCCCAGUCCGCGCGGGAGGCCGAGCGCAGGGCCGGGGCCCCGCGGCGAAGAUGGCGUCCAGCAGGCGCGCCCCGCGCACGGGGCUGCUGGAGCUGCGCGCCGGGGCCGGGGCGGCAGGCGGCGGGGAUCGGUGGCAGCGGGUGCUGCUCAGCCUGGCGGAGGACGCGCUGACUGUGAGCCCCGCCGACGGCGAGCCGGGCGCCCCUCGCGGGCCGGAGCCGGCGCAGCUCAACGGCGCCGCCGAGCCGGGCGCAGCGCCCCCGCCGCUGCCCGAAGCGCAGCUGCUCCAGCGGCGCCGCGUGACUGUGCGCAAGGCCGACGCGGGUGGUCUGGGAAUCAGCAUCAAAGGAGGCCGGGAGAACAAGAUGCCUAUCCUCAUUUCCAAGAUCUUUAAGGGCCUGGCAGCUGACCAGACAGAGGCACUCUUCGUGGGGGAUGCCAUCCUGUCUGUGAAUGGGGAGGACCUUUCCUCUGCCACCCAUGAUGAAGCUGUGCAAGUCCUGAAGAAGACAGGCAAGGAAGUGGUGCUGGAGGUUAAGUACAUGAAGGAAGUCUCACCAUGUUUCAAGAACUCUGCUGGCGGGACCUCAGUUGGCUGGGACUCGCCUCCUGCCUCACCUCUUCAGCGGCAGCCUUCCUCUCCUGGCCCCCCGGCUCGGGACAUCACUGAUGCCAAACACAUGUCCUUGAAGAUGGCAUAUGUCUCCAGGAGGUGCAUCCCCACUGACCCUGAACCCAGGUAUUUGGAGAUCUGUUCAGCAGAUGGUCAAAGCACUCUUUUUCUGAGGGCCAAGGAUGAAGCUGCUGCAAGGUCGUGGGCAGCUGCCAUCCAGGCCCAGGUCAGCGCUCUGAUGCCCUGGGUCAAGGACGAACUACAGGCACUGCUGGCAGCCAUCAGCACCACUGGGAGCCAGGACAUCAAGCAGAUUGGCUGGCUGACAGAGCAGCUGACCGGUGGGGGCACAGCACCCACCCUGGCCCUGCUGACAGAAAAGGAGCUGCUCCUCUACAGCUGUCUGCCCCAGACCCGUGAGGCCCUGAGUCGUCCAGCUCGCACUGCCCCACUCAUCACCACUAGGUUGGUACACUCAGGCCCCUCCAAGGGCUCCGUGCCCUAUGAUGCGGAGCUCUCUUUUGCCCUGCGCACGGGCACACACCAUGGUGUGGACACUCACCUGUUCAGCGUGGAGUCGCCACAGGAACUGGCUGCCUGGACCCGCCAGCUGGUGGAUGGCUGUCACCGGGCUGCCGAGGGUGUGCAGGAGGUGUCGACAGCCUGCACAUGGAACGGACGUCCUUGCAACCUCUCUGUGCACAUAGACAAGGGCUUCACACUGUGGGCAGCUGAGUCAGGCAUUUCGCAAGCUGUGCUGCUCCGACAGCCCUUUGAGAAGCUGCAGAUGUCCUCUGAUGAUGGUGCCAGUCUCCUUUUCCUGGACUUCGGGGGCUCAGAAGGAGAGAUUCAGCUGGACCUGCAUUCGUGCCCCAAAACUAUGGUCUUCAUCAUCCACUCCUUCCUCUCAGCCAAAGUCACCCGCCUGGGGCUUUUGGCCUAGAGGACAGCGGAUGCACUGACCCUGAAGCGAUGUUGUCCAGCCUGUGGCUUGAUCCAGCCCUCUACUAACUACCUGCUUACUGCUGGCCUGAGGGAGGGGAGAAGAAAGGAGCAAAGGAGAAGAGGCCUCACCCUCAAGAGAAGGUGGGGUAGUUGUGGGGACUAGAACUCAGAGCCAGGACACAGUGAAUCCUGCCUGUGAUGGGAGAGCCUCCCUGCAGACCACCCUGUCGCCCCACCAGUGCCUUUUUCAGAGAGAUAUUUUGUGUACACAGAAGCCAUUCUGAGCCUGGGUCUUGCCCCUGUGGGAAUCCUGGCCCAAGCUAACAGCUGCUGGGCCUCCUAGAGGCCACUCAGCGACUCUCAGUCACUUCAUUUAAAGUUGGAGUCCCCUGGGGUCUGUGGCAAGAGGAAGAGGAGGGGCCUUUCUGUUAAUUUCUCCUCUCAGCUCUACCACCCUGGGGCAUGUGGUUUUACUUUUCAUCCUCUCUUGGUCCUCCUUACUCUUGGAUCAAUAAACAGCCUGUGAGCAUGUA